UUAUUCUACAAUGUAGAAAAACCCUUGAAUGAGUAGGUGUGUCCAAACCUUUAACUGGUACGGUAUAUCUUUUUUUAUAACUUUGGAGUGUAGUUUUAGACGUUUUUAUUUGAGCUACUGCUGGUUCUUAUGUUGCGUUUUACACGAAAAGGCUAUUUAGCCUACUUCUAUAACGCAUUUUAAGCUAGUCCUUCAGUCAGUCCUGACAUAGAAGUAGGCCUGUAUGCUCCCCACUUCAAAUAGCGAUUAUAGGCGAGCACCUAUUUGUCCCUAGGCUAAAUGCUCAUUAUCGGAGUAGAUUGCUAAAGUGAAAUGACUAACGCACCCUUUAGGGGGAAGAAGAGUCUGGUGGUGAACGAGAUAAGCGCGCACCUGACAGAGGUGCCAAUUUAAUUUGACAGACCAUUGAGAUCCAUGCAAAACACUCGCAGAUACAUGUUAUUCAUCCAUUGAGGCCAGAAAUAUAACGCUGUAGCGUAGCAGUCACUCAAAGAUGAUUUCGUUUUCAACGUAUUGAGCUAGGCUAUAGCAAAUAUGAGGCAAAUUCUAUCAUGGCGAAAAUCGGACUUUAUUUAUUUGUGUUAUUUAUUUAUUUUGCCAACAUCAAACUUAAUCUUUCACAAAAUUGCCUCUAUGACAUGCCUCUUUAUUACGACGGGGACACACAAUUUCAGAACGCUCGAUUUCAGAACCUUGGACAAUUCCGAUGUUCACAACCAUAACAGCCUUGAACUCAAAGCACCUGGACAACCCGUCUUUACCUUUCAAUUAACGAAGAAAAUAUUGAAUUAUCUUUACAAUUUUUCACAUAUCAACUUGAAAUCAGCACUAUUGACCAUGGGAUCCGCAAUGUCUAUCUCACUCCGCGAGAAGGCAGUCCACUUCAAAGAUGGGCCGGACACGGUGGGCCACUUCUUUGAAGUCCAGACCCGUAAGAGCGGCAAAGACAAGACCCUGAAGCGCUACUCGCCAUGGAGGUGGAUUGUGAAGAGGAAAGGCUCCAAGAAGGUGCAGGCCCACGAGAACACCAACCAAAACAACAUCGCCCAUCUGAGUAACGAGAACCUGGAGAAGUCUCAGUCCUCCUCCAACUUGUCCACCCUCACCCUGGAGAAGUCUCAAUCCUGUGACAAGCUGUCCACCCAGUACCAGAGCACUCCAGCCAUCGCCAACAGCUCCAACAACGCCGCCUCGUCGGUCGAGAAGGCCCCCUUGACCAACUCCAACACGGCCCCCGACACGCCCCAGACGGUGAUCGUCCAGGACCUCGACACGCCCAAGAGGCUGGUGAUGGUCCAUGCUACAACCGGCGAGCUGCUGCGCUGCCUGGGUGAGUUCCUGUGCCGGCGCUGCUACCUGAUCCAGGACAUGUCUUCCAUGGACCCGGAGCUGUGGCUGCGGGUGGUUGACCGUUAUCUGCUGGACAACUGCUAUCAGAACCAGAGCUGCAUCAACCCGGCCAUGGUGGUCUUCCUCUACAUGCUGUGCCGCGAAGCGGUCUCCUCCGAGGUGGCCACCUUGCAUGAGCUGCAAGCCGUGCUGCUUACCUGCCUCUACACGACCUGCUCCUACUUUGGCAACCAGAUCUCCUACCCCCUGGGACCCUUCCUGGUGGAGACCUGCAGGCAGACCUUCUGGAUCCGCUGCAUGUCCAUCACCAAGCUAAUGAGUGGUAAGAUGCUCCAGAUGAACACAGACCCUAACUUCUUCUCCCAGAUGUUUGCUGACCUGAAGAACGAGAGCCAGAAGGAGGAGAAGAAGAGCCGCCUGCUCAGCGGUGUGUACAGCACUCAGUGAGGGACCUAGGGUAAAGGGGCCAGGG